AUGGCGGGGGCGCCGCUUCGCCCCGCCCCGUCCUGCGCCGGACGAGCUCGCCUCUUCGCACAACUUCUGCGCCGCUGCUCGUACGUGCAGACGGGCGUGUACGGCGGGCAGGGCGGCGCGGGCCUCAACAAGGUGGCGUCUGGCGGCGCGACGCAGGUGCCACCGCCGCCGCCGCCCGCGCCGCCGCCGCAGCCCGGCCCGGGGCCCGGCGCCGCCGACCCGCCCAUCGGCCGCAACGACCCCUACUUCGACUCCAACACGCCGCGCAACGUCACCGCGCUCGUGGGCAAGAGCGCCUACCUGAGCUGCCGCGUGCGCAACCUGGGCAACCGGACGAGCCCCUUCACAGGGCGCCAUCAGCAGCGCUUCUGA